GCUCUCCCCUCCGACGUCGUCUCCGCUCGGUCCACCAUGAAGGCGUUAACACCGGUGCUUUUGUGCUGGUGCGCAGCAGUAUGCGUAGCUCAGGACAUCCCGAGCCGGCUGGUCUGUUACUACACCAGCUGGGCGCGGUAUCGAAGUUCCAUCGCCAAGUUCACACCAGAAAACAUCAACCCGCACCUCUGCACCCAUCUGCACUACGCAGUCGUCAACGCCAAUGAUAAACAGGAGUUGGGCCCGGCCGAUAAGUUCUCCGAUAUUGAUCAGCAGGGAUAUGAGCACAUGGUGGCCCUCAAGGCAGCUAAUCCGGCUCUGAAGGUACUGAUGAUGCUAGGAGGAUCUGGACAGGUAAAGCAAGAAGUCUUUUUGGAGCUGGCUAGCGAUGAAGCCAAGAUCGAGCGCUUUGUAAGGGAAACUAUAAAAUACAUCAGAAGGCAUAGAUUUGACGGCAUUGACAUUGACUGGAAGGUGGAAGGGAAAAAGGAAGAACACGCUAGGCUCAUGGAAGCUCUAGCUGCUGGUUUCAUGGAGGAAGCCGAAGAAUCACGCAUGAACAGGUUACUUCUGACCACCACAAUUCCGGCCAACAUUACCAAAAUACGAAAUGGGUUUGACGUCGGUCGAGUUUCUAAAGCUGUCGACUACAUGACCGCUAUGCUGUACACCUUUCAUACGGGUUCCGAGAAUCAAACGGCGCACCACGCUGCAUUGCACGCUACCGAUCUCGACGACACAAACUAUGCGGACUUUGUCAUUCAGAUGUUGAAGGAGACCGGCGCAGACCCAGCUCGGUUAGUAAUGGGCGUUCCUACUUUUGGAAUCACAUUCACUCUCGCAGAUGCCGAACGUCGAGGCUUCGGAGCUCCAACGAAGGAUGUAGGCUACGCCGGCAAGUACACCAGGCUGGCGGGUACUCUAUCCUUUACUGAGAUUUGCGAGCACAUCAGCAUGGACGGCUGGCGGGCGUUCCGCCCGCGACCGGACGCAGUCGGCCCUUACGCCGUCGAAGGUGAUCAGUGGGUGGCCUACGACGACGAAGUCAUGAUGCGAAGAAAGGGCGUCUACAUACGUGAGCAGGGCUUGGGCGGAGCGGCAGUGUGGGCACUCGCCCAGGAUGACUUCCGUGGAGUGUGCACCGGUCGGCCCUAUCCUCUGAUUGAAGCCUUGAAUGAGGGUCUGUUUGCCAAUGAUAUGGCGCCGCCUACCACGCCCAGCCCGCCCCCAACGCCCGUUUACGACAACACCUCGGUGUUCACGUGCCCAGCGGACGGCAGGUUCGCAAAGAUGGACAACUGCGCAGAGUUUUAUGUCUGCCGCAAAGGCUUGUUCGAAAUGAUGUUCGACAAGGAAGUCACUGACGCGGAAGAGCUGCGGCAGCUGCUGGCGCUGGUCCAGAAGCUGGGCGGCGUAAGAAGCGUGCAGAGGCUUCUGGCAGCGAUGGACGGUCCGAAGCGCGGUGCUGCACAGCCUGCCGCUCAGACAACUGUCACGGAGGUCGGCGGCGACCUGCGCGUCAAGGUGCACGUGAUCGUAGAAGUGGGGCCAUUCUAA